UGGAUCUUUGUUUACAUGAUUUUCCUCAUUAGCAUAAGCUUUUUUGCUUUUAAACAAGCUAAAUCCAAAUCUAUACUGAAUAUUUACAGAUAUUAGCUCAAUUAGCACUCCACGAAAAUUUGAGCUUGAUAUAUCUAAUAGAUUUCGCAUAAUAUGGCUUUAAAAACUACGAAUUUUAUGUGGCUAAAUGUAAUUUAGGCUAAGUUAAACUCGAGGCCUGUGUCCUAGCAUGCCUUGCAGCUGUGGGGGCGCCCCAUAGCGUGCAGGGGCUUGUGGUGUCUUCAUGUGUUGUCGCGCGCACUAAGUCGCUCCAUGUUGUUUUGAUUGUCCCAAGAAAUUAUCUUUUAUUGUCUUCUGAGCUUUGUUGGAUUACCGUAAAUCACGCCGAGUUAUUCUACUAUGUCUCGACAUACUGUCAACAGCCGUUCGGCGGCAUUAUCGGCCAUUCCAGGGGCUGAUUUGGACGAGACGGUACUGAGGACCGAAGGGAUAUCACCUACCAAUGGAGACCCCGGGACAAAGGCGCCCUCAUUUACUGGCCUCUCCGAGGAAUUAAAAGCCGCGAUUCAAGCUGCUGCCACAGAAGCCGCUUUGGCAGCUGUUAGAGCUU